AUCUAAUGCCUGUUGAAUCGUUAGUAGACCUCUUGGCUGCAGCAACUACAGUUCAUUCAAAUCACAAACGGACAUAUCGUGAAGCCAUUGUGAAAAAACCUCUUUACAGAUGAUUUACUAUAGGGGUUUUGAGGGUUUAGUGUUAUUGCUGGUGUGCCUGGCGUUGCAGUAUACUGUAAUUUUUGCAAACUUGCCGUCCACAAUUAGACCAUGCGCCCGCAACGAACCUCUUCUGGAGCGCUGUAUCAUUAACGCUGUGUACCAAAUAAGGCCAUUACUAGUGCACGGAAACCUGGGGGAUGGCUUCACAACACCCCCAUUAGAACCGUUGUUCCUAGAUAAUAUUGAACUAGGACUAACUAGUCAAUUUCAAGCUGUUUUCACGGACCUUGAAGCCAAUGGAGGAAGUAACUUUGUCAUUGACCGUCUUAUUGCCAAACCGUUAGACACAUCGUACGAUCUCUGGAUUACACUCCCGCGCAUUGACUUUAGAGGGAAGUACUCGUUGCACCUUAAUUGGCUACUUCUAGACAUAAAAGGAAAGGGAAAUAUGCAGGGAUAUUGCGAAAACGCAAAAGCAUUCGUUAAAAUUCGUGGCUCUCGCUAUCUGCGAAAUGGCAAAGAAUAUGUGAAGUUCACCAAGAUGACCAUGCGCAUUGAUUUUGAGGAUUUUAAAUUAAACUUGGCAAACCUAUUCAGCGGCGAUCGAAUUUUGGGGGACGUAGGAAAUAAACUUAUUAAUAACAAUCAAGAAUUAUAUCUCAAAGAGAUUGUGCCCGGCUUAGAGCAAGGACUUUCGAAAAAGUUUUUAGAUGUGGCGAAUGAAAUCAUUGCCAGCGCUACAUUUGAUGAGAUGUUUCCCCCUGGAAAGACGAUCAUCAAUCCGAUUACACAAGCGCCAAGAUUACCAUCAUCGGUUCUCAGUCCAGAUAUAUUUGAGCCCCCCUUUGAAGUUGGAAAUCCCGAUGGAAGUAUUUUAAAUAAAGAGUUCUUUCAAAACUGA